UCGGCGUCCUCGCAGCCAAUGGUGGAGCAGAAAAACCAGCCGGAGGAGACACUUUAACAUGGACCGCAAGGUUGUGGAGUUUUGUGCGAAGGCUGUUUGCACCAUUGUGUGUGAGUGUGUGGAUGAUAAGUGUGGUGUGUGCUGAAGGAACUCACACAUCCAGGGGUUUGCCAGUGAAGAGCGAGUAGAGUCACGUUUGGCUGGAAACCGGAGCGGACUGAACAUACACACCGCAGACACGGACAUGCGCAUAAGUGUGAGCGCAACACGGAGGUGGGCGUGGCAGGGGGUGAUGGCAGACUGUAUGACCCGUCUAGCUCUCCUCACCAUGCUGUGUGCUCCUGCACUCACUCAGCUGGAUUUAAACAGACUGGAUGGAGAUACCGUGUGCCCACCACUGAGGAACGGACAAGAUGACCUUCCAGGUUUCGACCUGAUCACCCAGUUACAAUCGGACAUCACUCCGCUGAAGGGUGUGAGGAAGGUGGAUGGCUCCACGUCCACUCAGUUGGCCUACAGACUCGACCGUGAGGCCAGUUUCCAGAUCCCUACCAGGCCGACAUUCCCAAGAGGCUUCCCCUCAGAGUUCUCGUUCAUGACCACAUUCCGCAUGAUCAAGAACACGGUGAACAAAGUGUGGAACCUGUGGCAAGUGGUGGAUGAGGACGGCUUAAAGCAGGUGGGGAUGCGUCUGAAUGGGGACCAGCAGGCCCUCGAGAUCUUCCUCACCACUUUGGAGGGAGACCUGCAGACCGUCACCUUCCCAGGCCUCUCUGUGCUCUUCAACACCAAGUGGCACAAAGUGAUGAUCGGCGUGGAGAGCGAGAUGGUCACGCUAUACGUGGACUGCCAGCCUGUCGACCAGAAGCCGAUCAAGGAGAAGGGAUACGUCAGUACGGAUGGAGAGACGCUCUUUGGGAGACUGGACGCCGAUCCCAACAGCUCUGUGGUGUUUGAGGUGCAGUGGAUGCUGAUUCACUGUGACCCGAAGAGAGCUCAGAGAGAGAGCUGCACCGAACUUCCUGUUGCUGAGAUGUAUGCCAAUGCUGAGCCUGACCCUAAACCAAUCCCUGGGCCUGCUGGACCACCGGGUCCUGCAGGACCUCGGGGACCUCCUGGAGAAGAUGGCCGUGAUGGUAGAGAUGGUAUUCCAGGAACUCCAGGUACUCCAGGUGCAUCCGGCAGUAAAGGGGAAAAGGGCGAGAUUGGUCUGCCAGGACAGAGAGGAUUACAAGGACUUCCAGGACCCAGUGGGCCGAUGGGACCCAUGGGGCCAAUGGGGCCGAGGGGACAGAUUGGAGAAAGAGGUCUUCAGGGUUUCCCAGGCCCAGCUGGACCACCCGGAUCUGAGAUCACUGGACCACCUGGGCUUCCAGGCAAACCCGGUAUCCCAGGAGACGAGGGCAACAUUGGUCCUGAGGGCCCACCCGGAGCCAGAGGAUCCAAUGGAUUUCCAGGACCUCCCGGCCCACCUGGCCCCCCCGGCCCACCCGGCGGAAAUCCUGAAGGAAGUGGCGAGAACUGUCAGGCUGUGUGCCCUGCCGGACCUCAGGGACUUCCAGGCCUUCCAGGCAUAAAGGGACACAGGGGACUCGCCGGAGUGGACGGACCUCCAGGUGCUGCAGGUGAAAAGGGAGACAGAGGAACGGUAGGAGAACCCGGUCCUCAGGGACGUCCAGGAGAAGAUGGUCUGAGAGGACCGAUCGGUUACCCUGGAGAACAUGGUGAUAAGGGAGAUCGGGGUCCCCCAGGAUUUAACGGCAAUCCCGGACCCACAGGACCUCCAGGAUCUCCGGGUGUCGAAGGUAUCCGAGGACGUGAUGGACCUGAGGGGCCCAAAGGUGACGAGGGUGUAGCAGGUUCUCCAGGUACCAAAGGUGACACGGGAGCAAAGGGAGAUCCUGGUGAUUCAGGCAGAAAUGGACUGGAUGGAGAACCAGGUCUACCAGGGGAAAAGGGAGAACCUGGACUACCUGGAGCUGGUGGGCUGAGAGGCAUUGUGGGAAUCCCAGGUUUACCAGGAAAACAGGGGUUUGUGGGACCUGUGGGUCAGAAGGGUGACAUUGGAGCUGAAGGUCCUGUAGGUCCAGCUGGUCUUCCUGGUAAACCAGGGGAAAGAGGAGCUCCUGGUGAUGACGGGAUCCCUGGGGUUAAAGGAGUCACAGGUGAUGCAGGAAAACCCGGUCCGAUCGGCCCCAUGGGACUUCAGGGAAACCCAGGUGAUAAAGGAGAUCGUGGGGUCAUGGGUCCUCGUGGGAUCAAAGGUCACACAGGACACAAAGGAGAUCAGGGUCCUGUAGGCUCUGUUGGUCCAAAAGGAACUGAGGGUGCUCCUGGGAUUCCGGGCAGUACAGGAGGUAAAGGGGAUCAGGGUCCUCCAGGAUUUCCUGGAAUCAAAGGAGAUCGAGGAGAGAAAGGACAGAGAGGAGCCACUGGUGCUGAUGGACGUCCAGGACAGCCGGGACACGAGGGACUUGCCGGACCUCAGGGAGCACCAGGCCUGGAGGGGAACAGAGGACAACUGGGACCACCAGGACCUCGGGGAUUACCUGGUCCCAAACUGAGCGAUGAGAAGAUUCGUCAGAUUUGUUCUGCUGUUGUGGAGGAACAUCUGGAUGCUUAUAAGAAAGAACUGACUAAGAAACCUUUGCCCAUCGCUACCCCUGGUAUUCCCGGACCUGCUGGGCCACCUGGACCUCCUGGACCUGCUGGGGAUGCUGGAGGUGUUGGAGCAAUGGGACCUCCGGGCCCUCAGGGGCCGCCAGGCUUUUACGGCUUACCUGGAAAACAAGGACCUAAAGGUGACACUGGGACAAAAGGAGACAAAGGAGAUAAUGGAGUUGGAGUCCAAGGACUUCCUGGAGAGCCAGGAGUUCAAGGACCUCCUGGAAAACCCGGCAUCGGUAAAGAUGGACAAAAUGGUGCCCGAGGAGAAGCAGGAACUCCGGGUAUCCCAGGGACCCCAGGUAACAGAGGCCCUUCAGGUGCCCCUGGCAUGUGCGACCCCUCGGACUGCUUUAGGCCUCAGCCUCUUUACCUAAUGGGUGGCAAAAAACCCAUGAACAUUAAGGGGCCAUGAAUCUGAGGAAAAAAUACUUCAUCCAUCAUCAUCACCACCAUCAUCAUCAUGACUAUCAUCAAAAUCAGCUGAGAGACACAGAGACUCAGACGUCAUCAUUCUGAUCCACAGCUUCAGCAUGGACACUUUUGGACCAGUUCAUUUCUGUGACUUGUACAUAAACAUGAAUUAAGGACGGGGGCGAGAAAUUGUAGACCGCCACUUCUUGUUUUGUUUUUCGCUUAUUUUUCAGGAUGUGAACACAUGAUUUAGAUCACACACAAAAAAAUCCUGAGCCUGUCUCUUGAAUGCAGUGGAAACCUACAAUAACACUAAGAUAAAAAGAAUAAAAAAAAAAGGUGUGUGGCCGUUUCCAACCAAUAAAAAGUGCCUUUUUUGACCAACAUGAUCAUUGCUAAUGUCUUUAAAAGUACCAGAAGCUAAGCUACACUCCAAUGGUGUGAUAAUUGGAAAACUGAAAUAAAAAUUCUCCACCACCAACA